ACAACACAAACGACGUCAACCCAACACUCCUAUUCCGAACCUCGGCUGAUCUCAACACUCCUUCUCGUGUCGCAAAGCUAGAAAUCACGCGCUCGACCCCCAGCAUCUGAAAAAUGACAGAGGAGACGAGAUGCAUUCAGAAAACGACCGCACCAGGACAUGCGAAUGCCGAUCGCAAGCAACUCCAGCCCGAUUUUAAGCUUAAGGUUGUUGACAGCCUCAUCCGGCGAUCUUCCACCGCAUUGAAAUUUCAGGAAUCACGAGGUUUCUCAGGUGAGACACGUUUGCCAGCCAUGGUCCCAUCACAACCACGACUCACUCUUGGUAAGAAUUCCUGCUGGACAAUGCCAUUCUUUCCCAAAGUUCGGUUUGGUUUUCUGAGACAGUUGCUCAGAAUAGAUUUUCAACAAAGGAAGGAUGAGCGAGGAGCGGGAUUUUUCGAUAGCUCGCGGGUCAGCCGCGCUGAAGAAUGUGGAAUGGGAGGAUUCGUGAUGAGAAGCCAUUCCCAAGAAUGCGCGAGCACUUGCUUCUUAUCCAUUGAAGUAUACGAUCAUGCGCUUACCAACCUCUUGUUUUCCCUUCUAUUCCAGUCAAUUCCAAUCACCAGCCCUCAGUGAGUGGCUUCAUUUCAUAUACUCGUCCGUUUCAAUUUCUCGGUGAUGUUUCGUUCCUAUGAACUCGCACGCAACGCACAACUCGACUCGCGCUUGUCUUAUUAUCUUCAUUGCUUCGCGUCUCCUAGAAACGAGAGCUUCGCCCUG